AUGUCUUACCCCGAUCAGCGCAGCGACGAGGAGUGGCGCGCUGUUCUCAGCCCUGAACAGUUUCGCAUUCUUCGCCAGAAGGGCACGGAGCGUCCUGGCACCGGCGAAUAUGACUCCCAUUAUCCGUCCCAGGGAGUCUACACCUGCGCCGGCUGCAAUGCGCCCUUGUACAAAGCGUCGCAUAAGUUCAAAUCUGGAUGUGGAUGGCCGGCGUAUUUCGAUUCCAUCCCGGGCGCCGUCAAGAGACACACGGAUAAUAGCCUUGGUAUGGAGCGGACGGAGAUUGUGUGUAGCAACUGCGGGGGUCAUUUAGGACAUGUGUUCAAGGGCGAAGGGUAUCCAACACCGACGGACGAGAGACAUUGCGUGAAUAGCGUCAGUCUGCGUUUUAAAGAGGAUGGUGAUGGAGAUGCGAAGGCGAAGGCAUGA